CUACUCCUCAGUAUUGGGGUUCUGGUGCCCCUCUGUGGAGGCAUUGAGAAGAGUGUGGGCACUGUUCGGUUCCUCCUCAUGUUUCUGCUGCUCUCUAUCAGCACAGGGGUGUUGUACACCAUACUGGGUCUGCUACUGUUUGGUGCAUCUGCCCAGAACCAGGUGGAGGGGUUCAUUCCAGUGUCCCUCUCCCUUAUGGGUAUGGCCACAGUGCACUCCCCGUAUGGUUAAGGGCUUUCUUUUCGGGGUCACUGUACCCAUGUUAGCCCUGCCCUGGCUGUUUCUGUUCAUCAUAACACUUUUGGUCCCACACACUGUCUUCCUUUGCAAUGCCAUCGCCAUCAUCGCAGGGGGGAUCUACGGAAAGGGCUGGCUCUCACUUCUGGACAUGUCCGAUGCCAGGGCAUCAGUGCUGGACAAGAAGAUGCCUUUCAGGCUGCUGAGGAACAUUGGUGUCCUGUAUGUCCCUGCAUCAACAGAGGAGAGAAGGAAGACGGUCCACCCACCAAUCAUUCCAACCCCAGGCUCCUACCCAGUCCAAGCCUACGCUCCAGUGUCCUUUACCUCCAACCUACAGGCUACCGAGACCACACCAAAGACAUUUGAAGGCUGGGCCCACUCCUACUAUACACAGGGGAGCCCUGUUCAGCUCUCAGGUUAUUACGGACACAACCAUGGAUAUGGCCUCAAGCAUAGCUUUGGGCCAAGUCACGGACAUAGUCACGAACAUGGACACAGCUGCAGCCACAGCCAAGGUUAUGGACAUAGUCACGAACACAGCUUCGGCCAUGGACUCAGUCAUGGGCAUGCAUCUGCCUCUCAAACCAGCAGUCACUGGGCUCCAGUGGCUCAACAUCCACAUUCUCAACAUUCCCACCUCAGUCCACUGUCUGUGUCUGUCAGUGCCCCCCAGAGUUUCACAGCAAAGAUGCCGGAGUCACUGCCAGAAUCUGUGAUGGUUCACCCAGGAGCACCUGUGUCUUCACUGACAGAUUGAUGACUUCAAUCCGUAACGGCAAAACUCGCUAUAGCUCGAUUGAAAUGUAAAGGCAAUGUUCGCGAAGACCGGAAAUUACAUUUACAUUUCAAGCGUGCUAUUUUCAGCAAUCACAAUCCUUGUAAAAACGUCAACUCUUGGUAUAACUAAUAACAUUAAAAAAAUACAAAUGUCAGUGUGGUUAUAAGCCGCUAUAGCUCUGAACUACGGCGAUACGGAUUUAAUCGAGCCCAUAGUUGUCAUUCAAUGUGUUUUCUGUCUCAUGUUAUACAUUGAGAUGUAAUAUGCUUGGACAAGUGUUUUGAGGCAGUACUUGAAGGUCCACUUUUUCUUCACUGAUGUUUUUGGUUUUAAUAUACAAGCAGGCUCUGAAUGUUCAAGGUCAAAUCAAUGCAAUAAAGGGUUUGCUUGUCAGUUGAUUGUAAGACCA